AUGUUACCGGUGCUAGACCUGCUGCGGCUUGCACUGCGAAAUCCUACGGUGGCGUUCGUGGCCCGCUGGUGGGACGAGCAGAACGUCACCUCCAGGACUCGGAUGCGCCGCCUGGUGGACUCGGGCCGCCUGGAGCCCCUGGGUGGCGGCUGGGUGCAGCCGGACGAAGCGAGCUGCCACUACUCGGCGCUGGUGGAUCAGCUCACGCUGGGCAUGCGGUGGCUGCAGGAGAAUCUGGGCGACUGCGGCCGCCCGCGCGCCGCCUGGCAGCUGAACACGUGGGGGCACUCGGUCGAGCUCGCGUCGCUGCUCUCGCAGGCGGGGCUGCACGGCUUGUUCCUCAGUCGCCUCCCGGAAAACCAGGCGUCUCACUUCGUCUGGAAGGCUGACGCCAGCCUGGGAGAGGCCGGUGAAAUCUUCGCGGCAGCAGCGCGUCUAGGCUGGCCCGAGGGCUACUGCUUCGAUGCCGAUUGCCCGAAGGACAAGCUGACGGUGGCGAACGCCGUUGGAAGAGCGGAGAAUUUUAUCAAGAUUGUGGCGUCAAAGGCAAGAAAUUAUUACUUUUCUUCUUGA